UGUUCAUUUAAAGAUGGAGCUAGUACAAAUAAAAUGGUAUCUUUGGAUGGUGAAAUGAUUGUGAAAAGCAAUAGUUUUAAGUACCUAGGAUCGGUAUUACAGAGUAAUGGAGAAAUAGAUGGAGAUGCAUGCAGUAGAAUUAGGGCUGGAUGGAUGAAGUGGAAAGAAGCGAGUGGUGUGUUGUGUGACAGAAAAAUUCCAAUGAAGCUGAAGGGAAAAUUCUAUAAAACAGCCAUAAGACCGGCUAUGAUGUACGGAACUGAAUGUUGGGCAGUGAAAAAGAAAGAGGAACAACGAAUGCAUGUGGCGGAAAUGAGAAUGCUUAGAUGGAUGAGUGGAGUGACAAAGAAGGAUAAAAUUAGAAAUGAGUAUAUUAGGGGAAGUCUAGGUGUGGCACCAAUUGAUGCCAAAAUGAGAGAGCAUAGGUUAAGAUGGUUCGGUCAUGUUCAACGUCGAGACGUUAAUCACCCAAUACGAAGAAUAGCUGAAGUGCAGAUUCCUGGAAGGAGUAGGAGAGGAAGACCAAAGAAGACCUGGGGGGAGGCGAUAAGGCAGGACAUGUUGGUAAAGGGGAUUAACAUUGAUAUGACCCAAGACAGAGUUGUGUGGAGAAAUGCAAUUAGAUUUGGUUUGGAUUCAGAGCACACCACGGGCUGUUCUGAAGAGAUCAUGAGGUCGAAAUCUACAUAA